GAAUCACUAUCCUCUUCCUAUGACAGCACACACAAAUAUCUCUCUACUCUUUAUUCCCCCAUUUUCAACAUCACUCCGAUCACCGGAUUCCGGUGACCGGCGUCAACACCACUCAUAUCCCAGCUACUCCUAAACCCUAACCGACACUUCCUUCAUGGAUUCUCCCUCCCAAUCCGAUAAACCAAACCCUCCCAAGAAGAACCGCAUCAUCAUCGCUUUCGUAAUACUCCGAUGGUUUAUCGCAAUUCUAUUACCCUUCGUUUUCUUGUUCUCUCUUCCCUUUCUUUUGGGUUUACUGCUUCUCUUCCUCGCCGAUUUCUCUGUCCCUAACCCCAUAUCUCUCCCAUCACACUGCAAAAUCGUCUCCACCGGUGUUGAUAUUAGAUCAUCUAAGGUUUGUGAACUCGGAUUGUUAGAUUAUAAAGCAAAGGAUGUUUUUCGUCAUUUUGAAAGAAGCAAAUUUCGCUGCCGUUAUGAUUACUAUUGGGCUUCAGUAUUCAAGGUUAUAUAACUUGUUGCCAAUUUA